GCGCAAAGUAGAGGAUGUCAUCAAUGGUUUCUUCGUCCAGGGAGACCAUGGUGGGCGGCUGGGCAAUAUUUGUGGUGUAGACGGUAAUGCUGUCGCGUCGCGAGAUUUUUUUGGCGUGUCUGAGAAAGGAAGGCGGGGGCGGGGUAGUCUGUGCUAACCCGUCAUGGAGUAGUAUCAUAUCUCUUCGCAUCUGCCCUACCAUCUCUUGUUGGCUGUUCACUUUCGUCUUCCCUACCUAUUCAGAUGGUCACGCCCUUGCUACAAGCCCUGCAUAUUCCUCUAGUGUGCGCAAUAGUAUGUAUCUCUGCGCUUCCAAAUUCCCAUGCACGAUUUCACUAAUCAUCUUACCGCUGAAAUCAACUCGCCUACCCUUGUUAUACGGCACAGCUGAAGAGGAGGAACUGCUUUAGGGUAGGAAGCUUUGCCCAUAGGUUCAUCAGCUGGAGCAGAUUGAU